AUGGCCUUUAUAAAUCUACAGAAAGUGCUCGUCAGUGACAGCCUGGACCAUUGCUGUCAGAAGAUCCUGCAAGAUGGAGGACUGCAGGUGGUGGAGAAGCAGAACCUGAGAAAAGAGAAGCUGAUAGUCAAGCUGCAGGACUGCAAAGGCCUUCUCCUUUCCUCAGCCACCAAGGUGACCACGGAUGUCAUCAACGCAGCAGAGAAGCUCCGGGUGGUGCGCAGGGCCAGCACCAGCGUGGACAACGUGGACCUGGAGGCCGCCACAAGGAAGGGCAUCCUGCUCACGAACACUCCCAAUGGGAACAGCUUAGUGCUGUGGAGUUCACUUGUGGGAUGA